AUGGCCAAUUCUAAGCUACCCCAGCCUAUCGUUGCUUAUCCGCGCGAGACAGGCCGAACAGCCGUCGAUCUGAUUCUCUCAGGGACUAUCUCCAAGAACUCCGAUGUGAAGAUUCUUCUGUCUCACGUAGGCGGAACACAGCCUAUUCGCGCUACUCGGGCUGCAAUUAUACUCUACGAUACGGGACUAAUCAAACUAUCCCCUGAGACCUUCCUGGAGCAGGCUAGGGACUUUUAUCGUGAUCUCGCGCUUCCUGGAAACGAGGGGAACUUGGAGUUAUAG